AUGCAACGGCCACAUUCGACUUGGCUUCUCACAACUCUGACCAACGCAACCUCGCCUCAUCUAUCGGCUUUGCCGCUUCCGCAAUCCCAGCCAUCUGCGAUCCCGACCUCGGGUAGAAGGUCACAUCUCGGCCGCCCUUCAGUCAGCGAAGGAAACGAGGCGGCUGCUCCCACGCCAGGCGUCGGCAUGUCGCGAAAUACGGGAGGUGCGGCCCCGAACUGGCGCAUGAGGGGGGAUGGAUUCGACGCUGGCGCCUCGGACGACGACAUGGGCGUCGAAGACAGCCUACGAGGGCCGCACCGUAGCAUGCAGCCGCGCCUUGGACGUGCACACGCCCCCAUCACGCGUGAUGUGCCGGACCUGCCCAUCACACCCUCCUCUGCUGGCUUGCUGGAUGCCUACGCCUUUGCUGCCACUCCCGACGCGGCGCUUCCGAACGACCCUCGCUCAAUGCUCGCGGAGCCACCUCGUAUUCAGCGACCAGCGCAGCAGGCUCCGACUCGAGGCGCAGGCACUUUCUCGCAAACCAGCGCAUUCCCACCCGGGCCAGCACGCGCACCGUCGGGAUUGUUCGCAGCACCUGCGCCCAGACCCAUUCCGCACGGAAACCUCUUCGCACGGCCACCCCAUACCUUCGGCGCCAGUCUGGGCCACUUUGAUCUCGACAAUUCAGCCUCGGCCUCGACCUCGAUCUCGGGCUCGUUCAGCUUUGGUCCGGCCGCAGCGAGGGUGCGCCCCGAAGGGAUGCCUUCCAUUCGUCCCGGGCCUCUGCUCUUCAAUGCUGGUCGACCCGAUGCUGCUGUUCAGACACGGCAGACUUCCGAUGCCGCUUUCUUCGCCGCACCGCAAACACCUGUUCGGCCAGCACGCGCCACUACGGCUGUUGCGGCCGCCACCGCCAUGGCCCAACCACCGUCGCCGGCCACGCUCGAAACAGCGGCGCUGGCAGCCGAGCGCCGCACGCGCCAACAGCGCUCCGCACGUCCCGAUCCGAUCGCAGCAGCAUCGACAGGAGCGGCUGCAGGCGAUGUGCCGAAUCGGCGCGUGGUGUCCUUCUCCACCACGCCGGCAGAGGCUGCCAUGACUCCAGCCAACAUGCUCGCGGCACCGUCUCGUGCGCCCGUCCCCGGCGCCGUUCCUGCGCGUGCAGGCGCACACGCGCGGACGAUGGUGCCCGAGUCGAGCUUCUCGCACCUUGGACGCGGGCCUUCCCGGCCGAUGCUGCUGCCCGGUGCGGCGGCGGGGCAGCGAGACGUGAGCAUGUCGCUCUCGGACGUGUCUGCGUCGGUGCAGGGUGCGGCGACGCGGCUGUUCCCGCGUGCCGCUCCGUUGCCCUCGGCGAGCUCGGGCGUGUUUGGCUCCGAGCCGAUGCCCGAUUCGCACCAGUCGUGGUCGCAACAUCCCUCGACCUCGAUCUCUGGCCCUGCACCCGAGCCGGUCGAGCAGGUGCGUCUGCGGCGCUGGGACGGCGCGCAAACCUCGGUCCCGGCGUACCUGGUGGCCGACAAUGCAGAGACGGCCGUGGAGGAGCAGUUUGACUACGACACGAUCGCGCGCUUUGACGUCGGCCAGCUUGUGUCGCGGCACGAUGCGGCUGUGGCUGGUGAGGGCGAGCAGCAGACGACGCAGGAGGAGGACACGGAUGCGCUGCAUGCGAUUCUUGAGAUCCAGCUUGGCCUGCGCGGUCUGCACGGGUGGUACGGCCAUACCUACCGCAAUCCUCGACGUGACGCUGUGCCUUCGGGUGCAGGCGAGAGUGGGCGCACCUCGCGAAAACGGCGACGUCGGGAUUCGGAUGCAUCGGACGCGUCGAGUGCGUCCGAUCCCUCGCGACACUCUGCAUCGGACGUGGAGAGCGACGAGGAUGCGCCGAUUGUGGUGUACGACACCUUUGGGCGCGUACGUGGGACCGUGACGCUGCCGAACUACACUCGGCGCGGGGGGAGGGGGUUGCCGCUACCGCCUCCGCGCGAGACGCAUGCGGUGCGCAGUGCGAGUGCGGCGCAUACUGUGCGCACCAACGGUGCAGCGCUGGGUGCAAAGGAGGCUGCGCUGGUGCAGCAGCACGAGCUUGUGCGCGAGCGGUACGCCCAGCUGCAACCCGAUUCCAAUCAAACGGUGAGGUCCGCGGCGUUCUACAAGCAGAUGGCCGCGCGAAGGGCUGCGUUGGCUGCGUUUCAGAAGCGACUUGGCCAGCCACUGCUGGUUGGCCUGCAGAACGCCUAUCUCGACUCGGCGCAAGUAGCUCGGCUGCGGCGGUGA